AUGAAUGACACAAUUCACACCUUCAUGCAAGAACAACGAGAGUUCCACAAGAAACAAGAAGCAUAUAUGGCUACAAUAGCCGAUGCCCUUUCCCGUUUGACUCUCCCUCCUCAAACCGCACAAAACACCCAACAAGCUUCAACCUCAAGUAGUUUGUAUUCCCAACCUCAACCCAACCCUAAGGGUAGCAUCAAUGCCAUUACCCUUAGGAGCGGCACUAAAUUGGAUAAGAAUGUUGCUAUACCUACAAAGUUGAGUGAGGAGACAAACAAUGAAGAUGUGGGAGAUGAAGUGGAGGUGAUGAGGGAUGAAGAUGAAGGUGUUGAUGAAAGCAAGGAAGAACCACCCAAGGUCAAGGAGCCAAAGAGAAAGACUUUGCUUGAAGAGCCUUUGCCCAUUUCAUUCCCAACUUUAGCCAAGAAGGCCAAGAAACAAGAAGAGCUUGACCCCACUAUGGUGGAAGUUUUCAAGAAGGUUGAAGUCACCGUCCCUCUCUUCCAAGCAAUUCAACAAGUGCCAAGAUAUGCCAAGUUCCUUAAAGAUGUUUGCACUCACAAAGAAAAGCUUGGCAACCUCAACACAAGGCCGGUAGAUGAUUCUAUCUCCUCCUUACUUCCUAAAAAAUGCAAUGAUCCCGACCCAUGUUUGGUCACUUGCUUGAUUGGCGGAAUUAAAUUCAUGGACUGUAUGUGUGAUCUGGGGGCGUGUGUGAGCAUUAUGCCACUCUCCAUUUAUGAAAGAUUGAAUUUGUCACCCCUAAAGAGGUCCGGGGCGAGGUUUGUUCUAGCCGACAAGAGUAUUGUGUCCGUUGUUGGGAUUGCCGAAAAUGUCCUAGUCAAUAUCCAAGGAUUGUUCUUUCCAGUUGAUUUUCACAUUUUGGAGACACCUCCCAUUGACUCAAACAAGCCAUCAUCCAUACUCCUUGGAAGGCCAUUCUUAAAGACAUCCUGUUUCAAGCUAGAUGCACAUUCGGGAGUCUAUUCUUUUGAGGCGGAUGACAAGCUAGUCAAGUUCACCUUGGAGGAGUCCAACAAGCCCAUUUUUGAAGCGUAUUCUAUUUUUGGCUGCGAUGUAGUUGAAGAGCAAGUCAAUGAGGAUGGCAAGGAGCGAAAAGAAGAGGAUGUUGCCAAGAGAUCAAGUUCAGAGGAUCAUACUCAUCACACUCAACCCAAACAUGCCAAGGAGUUGGAGAUCUUCCUCCUUGGUGAAGUUCCCAAGUGA